AUGGUCAAGAAAAGUGCUGGAAUCAAGAAGAAGGAGAAAGUUCAGGAAUCUGAGGAUUUGGAGCUUCCGAUGGCUGGAAAUCGAGAAAAUGAUGUGGAAGAGGAUUAUGAGGUUGGAAUUUUGGGGGCCCUGGGAAAAUUGGGAAAAAAUUACCUUGGCAAGGGAAAAAAGAAAAAUCAAAUUUUUUCUUUGAAAAAGUGUCAAAAAUUCACUGUUUCAAAUAUUCUUUAUGUGGAAAAAUUAUUUGCAAGGUUAUUACUUUGUUAAAGAUAUGAAACUACUUCAAAAAUUCACUGUUUCAAGUUUUUGAUAUAGAAAAAUGUUUCAUUGAUCAAAACGAUGUCUCUAUUUUUCUAACGAGGGAAGUGUGUGACCAGUCCCCGGAGAUUUUCAAUGAGACCUAUGUUUUUUAGGUCAGUUUUUCACGCUGAUGAAGCUCAUGUUUUCAGUUUUUGCUGAACGACUCUCUGAAGAGCCCAAAAAUGAGCCAAAAGUUGAGAAUUUCCUGAAAAUCGCGUUUUUGGGAGCCCAUAACUCAUGUUAG